AUGUCCCAGAAAGUUACUUUCUUUUUGCAAUUAAGGAGGGCUUUUUCUACGCAACAAAGGGUUUUGCCCAAACAAGGCCCUUUGCUCAGCGAUUUUUUACAUGUAAAAGAUGCAGGGAACAGCUUAACUGAGUCGUCUACUUUUCACCACCAAACAUCUCCCACCGAUUGUGAAGAAAUAAUUGGAGAUUUGAAUUUGAACACGCAGGAGGGAACUUUUCCGAGAACAGUUGCACUGGAGACAUAUGGGUGUCAAAUGAAUGUAUCCGAUACUGAGCUCGUUCGCUCCAUAUUGCUAGACGCUGGCUUUAACCUUAUCGCGAAAUUCUCCGAUCCACAAACAACACCGGCCGAUGCAGUACUAUUGAUGACUUGUUCGAUCCGUGAAAAUGCGGAAACCAAAAUUUUUGAACGCAUCGAUGCAUUACGACACUGUCAUGAACAUGCAAACUCCAAACUGGGCCUUAAAAAGAAACAAAGCCAACGGCCUUUAUUGGUUGGCAUUUUGGGAUGCAUGGCCGAAAGAUUAAAAGGGGUUCUGACUACAGGGAAAAGAUGCGCAGAUGUGGUUUGCGGUCCAGAUGCAUAUAGAUCUUUACCCCAAUUGUUAAGGACAACCGGGAUAACUGGAAUGCCUUCAAUUAAUGUACAGUUAUCGAUCGAAGAGACAUAUGCCGAGCUAAGGCCUGUCAGAGUAGACCCCUCAUCAAAGGCUGCGUUUGUUAGCAUUAUGCGCGGAUGCGACAACAUGUGUUCUUAUUGCAUUGUACCUUUUACCAGAGGAAGGGAAAGGUCCAGACCUUUCCACACCAUUAUUAAUGAGGUUAGGCAUUUGGUUGAGCAAGAAGAUGUAAAAGUAGUGACGCUUUUGGGUCAAAAUGUCAACUCGUAUCUUGAUCAAACGAUGGCUGCAACUGCAACUCUUGAAGACGCAUCACACCUGGCGCCUGGGUUUAAAACCAUUUACAAGCAAAAGCUUGCCGGCGCUAACGUUGCAAGAUUUGCGGAUCUUUUGGAUAUUUUGUCCGAGAAAUUCCCCAAAACAUGGUUUAGAUUUACUAGCCCGCAUCCAAAAGAUUUUCCAAUGUCCUUACUUAAACUAAUGAGCGAAAGGAGCAACAUUUGCAAACACAUCCAUCUGCCAGCACAAUCAGGCUCUUCUAGUGUACUUGACAGAAUGCGGAGAGGAUACACCAGAGAGGCCUACAUCGAUCUUUUAAACACCAUUAGGGACACAAUUCCGGGCGUCACAAUUUCUACCGAUAUCAUUGUGGGGUUUUGUGGCGAAACCGAUGCUGAGUUUGAAGAAACUCUUUCGCUGCUUGAGAUUGCAAAGUACGAUACGGGAUAUUUAUUUUCAUACUCGCAACGAGCAAAGACACACGCAGCAAGAACGAUGAGCGAUGACGUCCCGGAAGAAAUCAAGAGCAAAAGAUUAAGACGGCUUAUUGACCGGUUUUACCAAAUCGCAGAUGAUCUUGUAAAAGAAAAAUGGAUCGGGAAGAAAGAGCUUGUUUUGCUGGAAGGGCCCAGCAGAAGGGCCGAAAAAGAGUGGCGCGGUAGGAACCAAGGAAACAAGAUGGUCAUUAUAAAAGAGGGAUACCAGGAAACCAUGGCAAAUUUACACCGAGACGACGGGGUAUUGUGUUGCGGGGACUUUGUUGAGCUUGAAAUCAUCGGGGGAACUGCCUCCACCUUGUUUGGGAAAUUGAUUAGAAAAAUGUGA